GAAACCCUCAGUCACUUGGUAGGGGUGAUAAAGCCGGCGGCUGAAUCCGCUAACUAUUUCAUCUUUCUUCCUCGCCCUGCAACGUACAGAACUGCAGCGGGCAUCAAGAGAGCCAGAAUGGCGAGAAAGUUUCUCAUUCCCACCCUGAUAGGAGUUCUUCUGUUUGCUGGUCUGUGUUUUGCGGACAGCACCAAAGAUGAAAACCCAGGCACAGUGGACGAUGAUGUUGGAAAGAGCCGUGAUGGUUCAAGAACCGAUGAUGAAGUUGUUCAGAGAGAGGAGGAGGCCAUAAAACUGGAUGGCAUGAGUGUGGCACAGAUGAAGGAGCUCAGGGAGAAGGCAGAGAAGUUUACAUUCCAGGCGGAGGUGAACAGAAUGAUGAAGCUUAUCAUCAACUCGCUGUACAAGAAUAAGGAGAUUUUCCUCAGGGAGUUGAUUUCCAAUGCAUCUGAUGCCUUGGACAAGAUAAGGUUCUUGUCACUGACUGAUAAAAGUGCUCUUGCAGCCACAGAAGAACUCAGUAUUAAAAUUAAGGCAAACAAAGAGAACAAUGUAUUACAUAUCACAGAUACUGGUAUUGGAAUGACCAAGCAGGAUCUGAUAAACAACCUUGGGACAAUUGCCAAAUCUGGGACAAGUGACUUCCUCACAAAACUUGGAGAGGCAUCGUCUCAAACAGAGAUGAGCGACUUGAUUGGUCAGUUUGGUGUGGGAUUCUACUCCUCAUUCUUGGUGUCUGAUGAUGUCAUUGUAACCUCCAAACACAACGAUGAUGACCAGCACAUUUGGGAAUCGGAUGCAAACAGUUUCAGAGUUACAAAGGACCCACGUGGCAACACACUCCCAAGAGGAACAACUAUCACACUUCAUCUGAAGGAAGAAGCCAGUGACUUUUUGGAAGAACACACACUCAAGGAUCUGGUGAAAAAGUACAGUCAGUUCAUCAACUUUGACAUUUUCUUGUGGACAUCAAAGACUGAGACAGUUGAGGAGCCAAUAGAUGAAGAUGAGGAGAAAUCAGAGGACGCUGAGGAUAAGAAAGAGGAGGACAAGGAUGAAGAUGAAGAUGAGGAUGGAAAAGUGGAGGAGGAAAAGGAAGAUGAUAAACCUAAAACCAAGAAGGUUGAUAAAACAGUGUGGGACUGGGAACUCCUCAACAAUGUCAAGCCCAUCUGGACAAGAAAGCCAAGUGAAAUAGAGGACAAAGAAUACAAUGAAUUUUACAAGUCCAUCAGCAAAGACUAUGAUGACCCCAUGUCACACAUCCAUUUCACCGCCGAAGGAGAGGUCACCUUCAAAUCUAUCCUGUACAUCCCUAAAACUGCUCCUGGGGAGCUCUUCUCCAACUACGGAAAGAAAAUGGACCAAAUUAAGAUGUUUGUUCGAAGGGUUUUCAUCACUGAUGACUUUGAAGACAUGAUGCCCAAAUACUUGUCCUUCGUCCGUGGUGUGGUUGAUUCUGAUGACUUGCCCCUGAACGUCUCCAGAGAAACACUCCAGCAACACAAACUUCUCAAGGUCAUCAAAAAGAAACUUGUCAGGAAGACCCUGGAUAUGAUUAAGAAGAUUCCAAAAGAAGAAUACGAAAAGUUCUGGAAAGAGUACAGUACAGCCAUAAAACUUGGUGUUAUUGAGGAUCAUUCUAACAGAACACGUCUGGCCAAACUGCUGAAAUUUUAUUCAUCUAACUCGGAUACUGAACAGACCUCCUUGGCAGAUUAUGUGGAGAGGAUGAAGGAAAAGCAAGAGGCUAUUUACUUUGUCGCAGGAACAAGCAGGAAAGAGGUUGAAAAGUCUCCAUUUGUGGAGGCCCUGUUGAAAAAGGGAUAUGAGGUUUUAUACUUGGUGGAACCUGUUGAUGAAUACACUAUACAGUCACUGCCUGAAUUUGAGGGGAAAAAACUUCAGAAUGUAGCUAAGGAAGGAUUGAAGAUCUCAGACUCUGAGAAAGCUAAACAGCGCAAAGAAGCUCUGGAGAAGGAAUAUGAACCUCUGCUCACUUGGCUAAAGGAGAAUGCUUUGAAAGACCAAAUUGAGAAGGCUACUGUGUCUGAGCGUUUGACACAAUCUCCCUGUGCUUUGGUGGCCAGCCAGUUUGGAUGGUCUGGCAACAUGGAAAGGAUUAUGAGAGCUCAAGCUUAUGCUAAAGCCCAAGAUCCCAGUCAACAAUUUUAUGCUAAUCAGAAAAAGACUUUGGAAAUUAACACCCGUCAUCCACUCAUUAAGGAAUUGAAAUCUAGAAUUGAGGCUGACAAGGAAGACCAAACAGCCAAGGAUUUGGCCGUGGUGAUGUUUGAGACAGCCACGAUGCGAUCAGGCUUCAUGGUGCCAGACACAAAUGGUUUUGCCGAGCGAGUUGAGCGCAUGAUGAGAAUGAGCCUGGACAUUCCAGCGGAUGCACCUAUUGAGGAGGAACCAGAGGAGGAGGAUGAUGAUGAGAAGCUGCUGCUGAUGAUGACGAAGGAGAGGUGGAUGCUGAUGAAGAAGAUGGUGGCGAUACUGAAAAAGAUACUGAUGAUGACACAAAAAGAUACAGAGAAAAGAACUUGUGUAUACUGUGGAGCAGAUAAGAGACAACGUAAAGAUUUCCGUCAAACUUGUAAGGGGGAUAACUCCGCUGUGGAGAGAACUACCACAAGCACUCCCCAAGUUCCUUUCAACAUCUCUAACCGAAUGUCCUUACAGUUUGUUAAAUAUACUUGUUUGCUGUAUUCCCCACAUUUUUUUAAAAAUUUGUUUUGUCUUUUACAGGAAGUAUGCACAGCCUGUCGGCGUAGACUAAUGUCCUUCGGGGUAGAUGCGGCCCAACAAGCAACGAAAAAGACAGCCUCUCAGCCGAAACCCAGAGGGGCAGUCCCAAAGAAACCUAUUCGCCCUAUUGAUAAAACUUUAGAUACAGAUGGUGACGGCGUUCCAGACUACCUGGAUGAUGAUGAUGAUAAUGAUGGAAUUCCAGAUCAUUUAGAUGAUGACGAUGACGGAGAUGGAAUUCCUGAUUACCAGGAAAUUGACACUGAUGGAGAUGGAAUUCCAGACUACCUGGAUGAUGACGAUGACAAUGACGGUAUCCCUGAUCAUCUGGAUGAUGACGAUGAUGGAGAUGGAAUUCCUGAUGAUCAAGAAGCUGAUGCUGAUGGUGACGGUAUUCCAGAUCACCUUGACGGAGACGCCGAUGGAGACGGUAUACCAGAUUAUCAACAGAUUGACACAGACGGUGACGGAGUACCUGACUAUUUAGACGAUGACGACGACAAUGAUGGUAUUCCGGAUCACCUUGAUGAUGAUGCUGAUGGUGAUGGUAUCCCAGAUUCACAAGAAAAAGAUUCAGAUGGUGACGGAAUUCCUGAUUAUCUUGAUGACGAUGAUGAUAACGAUGGCAUACCCGACCACCUCGAUGAGGAUGACAAUGGCGAUGGAAUCCCGGAUUACAAGCAAAUCGAUACCGAUGGGGACGGAAUACCUGACUACCUCGAUGACGAUGAUGAUAAUGACGGUAUUCCUGAUCGUCUUGAUAAGGACGACGAUGGUGAUGGUAUUCCGGACGAUCAGGAAGGUGAUGCAAAUGGCGACGGUAUACCGGAUUACAAGCAAAAAGAUACGGACGGCGAUGGCAUCCCAGAUUACCUAGACGAUGACGAUGAUAAUGAUGGAAUCCCAGACCACUUGGAUGAAGACGCUGAUGGAGAUGGAAUACCCGAUUAUCAGGAAAUAGACACUGACGGAGAUGGCAUACCAGAUUAUCUUGACGACGAUGAUGAUAAUGACGGAAUUCCAGACGACCAGGACGAUGAUGACAACGGCAACGGAAUUCCGGAUUAUUUGGAAAAAGAUACAGAUGGAGAUGGAAUUCCAGAUUACCUGGAUGAUGAUGAUGAUAAUGACGGUAUUCCAGACGAGCUUGAUGAUGACGAUGAUGGCGAUGGUAUUCCUGAUGAUCAAGAGGACAGUGACGGUGAUGGCAUUCCGGACAGCAAAGACAACGAUUGGAACAAUGAUGGAAUCCCCGACGACCAGCAGAUUGACUCUGAUGGAGAUGGAAUACCAGAUCAUUUGGACGAUGACGAUGAUAAUGAUGGAAUCCCAGACCACUUAGAUGAAGACGCUGAUGGAGAUGGAAUACCCGAUUAUCAGGAAAUAGACACAGAUGGAGAUGGCAUCCCAGAUUAUCUUGACGACGAUGACGACAAUGACGGAAUACCAGAUGAUGAAGACGAUGAUGACAAUGGGAACGGAAUUCCGGAUUAUUUGGAAAAAGAUACAGAUGGAGAUGGAAUUCCAGAUUACCUGGAUGAUGAUGAUGAUAAUGACGGUAUUCCAGACGAGCUUGAUGAUGACGAUGAUGGCGAUGGUAUUCCUGAUGAUCAAGAGGACAGUGACGGUGAUGGCAUUCCUGAUAGUCAAGAUCAUGACUGGGAUAACGAUGGUAUACCUGAUGACCAGCAAAUUGACACAGAUGGCGAUGGAAUUCCUGAUCACUUAGAUGAUGACGAUGAUAACGAUGGAAUACCUGAUUAUUUGGAUGAUGACGAUGAUGGUGAUGGUAUACCAGAUGCACAAGAGCUUGAUACUGAUGGAGAUGGAAUUCCUGACUAUUUGGAUGAUGACGAUGACAACGACGGCAUUCCGGAUUCUGAAGACGAUGACGACGAUGGUGACGGUAUACCAGAUUACCUCGAGAAGGACACGGACGGUGAUGGAAUCCCGGAUUACCUAGAUGACGAUGAUGACAAUGACGGUAUUCCCGAUGAGCUUGAUGACGACGAUGAUGGUGAUGGUAUCCCAGACGACAAAGAGGACAGUGACGGUGACGGAAUUCCUGAUCACCUUGAUGAUGACUGGGACAAUGACGGUAUUCCAGACAGUAAACAGAGAGACACAGACGGAGACGGUAUACCUGAUCAUUUAGAUGAUGAUGACGAUGGCGAUGGCAUACCAGACAAUAUUGACAAUGACGCAGAUGGUGAUGGAAUUCCGGACAACAUGGAAAAGGACACAGACGGUGACGGCAUCCCAGACUAUUUAGACGAUGAUGAUGAUGGUGAUGGUAUUCCAGACCACCUUGAUGACGACGACGAUGGCGAUGGUAUACCCGACAAGGAAGAGGACAGUGACGGAGAUGGUAUUCCUGAUUAUCUGGAUGAUGACGAUGACAACGAUGGUAUUCCUGACCAUCUUGAAGUAGACACAGAUGGCGACGGCAUUCCAGACUAUCAGGAUGAUGAUGACGACGGCGACGGUAUUCCGGAUCACUUGGAUUCAGAUGCGAACGGAAAUGGAAUUCCGGACUUUAUGGAAAAAGACACGGAUGGAGACGGAAUUCCGGAUUACCUUGAUGAUGAUGACGAUAAUGAUGGUAUUCCGGACUACUUAGAUGAUGAUGACGACGGUGACGGCAUAAAGGAUGAAGAUGAGGAUACGGAUGGUGAUGGAAUUCCAGACUACAUGGAUCCUGAUGCGGACGGUGACGGUAUUCCAGAUAACCUUCCUGAUACUGACGGUGAUGGAAUUCCUGACCACUUGGACACGGAUGCGGACGGAGAUGGUAUUCCAGACGAGGAAGAAGACGCCGAUGGAGAUGGCAUACCAGAUCAUAAAGAUGAUAAUGCUGAUGGCGAUGAUAUUCCUGACAAGGAAGUGGACACGGAUGGCGAUGGCAUCCCAGACUACCUUGACGAAGAUGACGACAAUGACGGAAUCCCAGAUCACCUUGAUGAUGACGAUGACGGUGAUGGUAUUCCCGAUAGUGAAGAAUUUAAGCAAUGUACCAAAAAGGGUAGCUGUCCAACCCCGAAGAAAUCAAAAUAUGCUAAACCAGUCAAAAAAGAGGAACCUGGAAUAAUUGGCAAAGCUGUGAAUGCUGUUAAGCGCAUUUUUUCUAUGGGUGGUGGCGCUGACGCUCAGCAUCCACCGAAAGGUCCAUCAAGGUACGUUCAAGGGAGAGUUCUGCCAAGAGAUGACGAUCACCAGCACGAAGAAAACAUUGACUUGGUGGAACUAAUCAUAGGAGCGGUGUUUGGACACAGUGAAGAUCCGUCUGUUCCGCCCAAGCCACCUUUGCACAAGCCUGUGCAAGGACGCGUAUUACCUGGAAAGGUACCGGUUCGUCAUGGGAUGGGAAUGGCCGUUGGUAGUGGAAAGCCUGUUCAGCUGACACCUCAGGCAAUUGCACAACUCAGACUUCAACAACAACGACAACAAAAUGCUAUUAAGUUUAACCAAAUGAACCUUAAAGCAUUACCUAAAAAAGUUCCAGUUUUAAAAGCAAACCCUCAGUAUCAAAUAAAUCAAAAGGUUCCACUCAAAGUACCGAUAAUAAAAGGAAUUAAAGGAAUACAGCAAGGAAAAGUUCAACAGCCUGUUAAAAAUUUCGGACAAUAUAAACAGCAAAAAAUUAUUAGAAAUCCUGGUGGCGUUUGAUUCUUUAUAGAUUGUUAGGAUUUUGAAAGCUUUGAAUGUUCUGCCUUUGUGGCUUACUAGGUGCCCCCUUCCCAGUCGAUCUUUAUUUCCACUUUUUCGCACCUCUUUUUCGUGCCAAGUAAUGUCUACUUCUGUGCAGAUUAGUGUUGAUUUUGUUGCUAUAUAUAUUUGCAUCUACUCCAUUUGGUCAAAUUCAUGAAAUCAACUCCAUUUAUUCCGCUAUCUAGGACACUGAAAAGCGCAAAUGCGGAUAUAAGAUGUGUGCGUGUAAAAAAGCACGCAAGGCUGUUUGUUGUCGAGAAUACAGUGUAGGAAGGUGUCAGCUCUUUACUGGACUAUGUCUAUGCGUUGUUUGUCUUAAGACUUAUAAAUGAUGGAUACUUCUCAGCAUACUGCAGUUAUGUUGUUUGGUUGAAAUUAUUAAAGUGAUAAACAUUUGUAAUGUUAUUACAUGUUGUCUGGUUGUUUGUUGCCAGUUAAAUUGUUUUGUGGUUUUGUAGGUUUUGCAUUAGAAAUAAUCUGAAUCAAUCUUAGCUGGAACACAGUAUUUUAUCAUUCCGUAUACCUUUGUAAUCCGCUCAAUUGUGUAACCAUGCACCUUAACCUAUGAAUACUCGUACUACGGCAUUAACUUACGUAUGUAUUUUGGGCGUCUUAUAGUGUUAGCGUGUUACCUUAGCGAAUGUUUGUAACAGCUUGGAAGACUUGAUCUUACCCUUGCGACUGGCUAGAUCCCUGGUGGCAUAUCACUGAUCUCAUGAUAUCCUGUUUUCAACUGAUUACCUGUCACUCAGGCAUGUCAGGUACAGUAGUCGUCAUUGUACUGCCUUACUCUUGGGAAGUAUGUCUUAAACAGAGGAGAUUAUAUACACGCUGCAAACGGCAGUGACAUAUCGUGGAACUAUAUCCUGCUGCUAAAUUUGUACAACUUCACUUUGUAAAACUGGAAGUCAUUUGUUAAAUACACCAUUUUCUAUCGUCAUGUAUGCAGCAAAUGCAUGGGCUGCCUAUUGCAAGUUUCAUUUUGUAGACAGUUGCUACAGCAAAAUGAUGUAUCAGGUAUAUUUUGAGAUUAGAUGUUGUGGACUAAACCAUAAUAUUCCAUCAAGGUCAGGCAAAGACAAGUAAAAACCAUUUAUUGGAUAUGUUUGACAUCGGGAAUAUUGUUGUCAGUAUACAACUCAGAAAGUUGUUUGUAUUUUUCAGUCUUUCCAUGAAAAAUAACAAAAAAUAUAUGACAAAUUAAAUAUUCGUACAUUUUUAUUACAUAUUCAUUACUUUUUAUGUUAUUCCAUACAUCCGUAUUUGUAUUUUGGUGAUGUUAUUUUGUUGGAGUUUUCUUAUGUUGAGUUUUAAUUUGUAUUUCAAAAGUGUUUAUACGGAAUAGAUUACCUUUGUAUUCGGAAAUUUACUACUAUUUUGUUAAACUGUUGCUUUUUGGGUUGCUGACAUUAUUUGAAUUUAGUUAUACGUAAUGUGAUUUUGUAUAGUGUUUUGUAAUGUCGCAAAUUAUCCACCAGACUUUGUCCAGUACGACAGUCAGAGUAAUUGGUUACGUUUGAAUCAGGUUUUUUUUUUGUAUGUUGGCCAGUGUUCAUCCAAGUAGGCAGUUCCAGCCUUUUCCAAACAGAAUAUGCAAAUCAUGAUUCGUGGGUCAUUGAUAAACAUGUAGUGUUCUUCCAGAAAACUCGUUCAUGUAUUUGGUCAAAAAAAGAUGCAAAGAUGAAUGUCAACCGAACCUCUCCUAGAUACAACGCUAAAAGUCAUAUGUCGGUAAAAAAUGUUCCUUUUCGAAUAUGUAUUUUUAUGUAUUUCCUACAUUUGAUGUUGAUAUUUUUGAGAUGUAAAUUCUCCAAUGUUACGCAAGUGUACAUUUUAAAGUUAGCUAAAGUGGGAUGUUUUUAAAGCUGCUAUCAAGUUGACCAGCGAUGGCGAAGCGAGACAGCAAAAUCAUGACUGACGGAUGGCAUGUAUGCUAGAAGGCCGAGGCGAAUAAGGUAAUUAACUAUCUUCUACAGAAUUGCCGAAAACAAUCUGUAUGUUUUUUUGCCGAAUGUACUUCUUGGAUUUUAAUUUCUACCACUUUUCUAUAGUUUCUUUGUUCCGUAACUUUGAGUUAUGAACUCUAUUUAGUACAGCAGUUUGUUUUAUUCUCAUCCAAAUGUUCGAGCUAUCCAAGUUGAAACUUAUGUGUAACGUUAUCCUUCAGUGUGAACGAUGUUUUGUGAACUUCCGAACCUGACUUCUAAGAUUACUCUUUUAAUAAUUGCUUUUAUUCCACUUUAAAAUUGAAGUAAAAUUUGAUGAUUUUGCGGUAUCAAAGAGAACCUAUAUAGACCAGACUGUCUGGGUGUUCGAGUGGUUUAGAUAACUUGUCAAAAUUUGAUGUGCAGUCUGAUGUAAAUAAAGCACAAAAUACAAAGUUAACGGAUGUUU